CGCGACGAUAAAAGCGGCGACGCGACCUGGACGUCGCCCGGUCGACGAUAACUCCCGGCCUCGAACGCCCGGAGAGCGUUUAUCUCCUUCUUGUGAAUCUCCUGAUCGUUGCCUCGAAUUUUUCGAUGACAUUGCGAGAGGGAGAAGAGAGAGACUAGAAAUAGGGAUCCAGCGGGAAGGAUCGCGGUUGUCCUUCGGGGAGGGGACUAUUUUUAGCUGUAGUUAGGCAUAUGCUUGCCAGCGAUUCUCGCACAUCUCUUUCCUAAAAGCGGAAGAUGGAGAACGAACAGCAUCAUUAUGAGUUGCGGAGCAGGAGCAGGUCACGCUCGCACACCCCCUUGAUCCGGUCCUUGGCAGAGCCAGAGGUGACAGAACAUCACUACGAUCUCAGGAGUAAAAGCCGGGAGAGAUCUCAUACACCUGGAGAAGUAACGAGUAGCAGAAGAUCUGGUUCUAGAUCGCUAACUGGUAGUGGUAGUAAAGUACUUGAUAAAAGUAUGGAAAUGAUUGAAGAGAAUAAAGAAGGAUCUGUGACAGAAAGUGUGACAGAUAAUCAAAGCACAAAAUCUGAGGGUUCUGGUGUUACCACAAGAAAGGCAGAACGACGCUCGGAACGCCAGAGAGCUAAAAGACAAAUAUUUGUCAAUGGUCAGAGUGAAAGUAAGGAGAAUGUGUCUAAUGAAAAAUCUGAACAAAAGCGCAAAAGUGUUACGCCACAUAGGAUACUUACCAGUGAUUAUUCAUCUGAAGAAGGGGAGAGAGAAGAUCCUCCGAGUAGACCAGGAUCUGCUUAUGAGAUUUAUAAACAGGCUGGUGAAUGGUGGAAUGUUUUUCCAAAGACAGAUUAUACAUAUUCACAAACAUCUCAAUGUCGUUAUGAGAUAGCCCCGGGUGUAUUAGCAAUGCCCAAUAUGUCGCGGCGAUCUAUACACGCGGAUGAAAGUAUCAUACCUCAGGUCAGUUAUGAAAAAUUAAGUCAAACAUCACAAGGAACGACAGAGAGUGGAAUUAGUGAUAUGGAUACUGUUGAUUUUAAGCAGAAAAGCUCUCUGAGUUAUCCAUUUGAUAACGAUCAUGAUAUGUCAUAUGUACCAAAUUCAUCAGCAAAAACGACUUUAUAUAAAAAAACACACAUAGAACAAUACAAGAGUCACAAAGAAGUAAUUUAUUCGCAAUCACCUGGAUAUUCCUCAGACUUUUCCACAAGAUACUUGUCAUGGUCAAAUACUCCUUCAAGAUUUAUUGGAAAGUAUAAUGCAGCUGAUUCUGAUACUGAAUUGGAUGAGACCUUGACAUCAUCAUCAGUCCAGACUAACCAAAGGUGGAAAAUUGUGCAGUGGCUUACAUAUUUUACAACUUUCAUUACCAUUUGGUUCAAGAAAACCGUCGAAUUCUUUAAAUUCAAAAAAAGGCAGCAUUAUUAUGAUGCACAAACUUAUCGAUCUCAUAAUGAAUCCAAAUGGAGGGCACUAUGGCAAGCUUUGGACCAUUAUACGCACAAUACGUACUUUUUCUUUGUGAGAAUGCUCGUACUCGAUACUUGGUUACUGAGUCAAUUUACCGGCGUUAGAAAAUGGCUGCAAGAAAAAAAUUCGAGGAUUUUAUGGAUUACACUUCUUCCAUUACUUCUUCUAUUUGGUGGUUGGUGUCUAGUGCAAUCUUUCUCCCUUCUUUCUGAUAUUAAAACUGUACCGCAAACAAUGACAGAAAAAUUAUUAAUUGACUUACAACAGGACGAUAAGAGUAGAAAUGUUGAAGAGAAAUCGAUUAAUAAAGAAAUACACACAAAUGAUUUGGUUGACAAAGCUAAUUUGGAUAGCAGGAUAAAAAUACUCGAAAACAAACAGACAAACCAAAUGGAAUAUCUUAUAAAUAUUACUCGAGUUUUGGAGGAUCAAAAACAAAAAGACGUUGAUUUCCAGAAAGAAUACAAUGACAAGAUUAUCAAUUUGGAAAAUAAAUUGGAUGUUGAACUGAACAAUGUAAUGUAUAACGAGCUAAAAGUUAUCAAGUAUGAAUUCGAGAAAUUACGCGAACUCUAUUCAGAAUUAAAAUCUUGUUGCAACACCAAUGCAGAAUUUAUCACAAAUCAUGAUUUAGAAAAGCACGUGGAAAGGAUUUUAUUUAGUUAUCUUCCUGGAUUUUCAAAAGAAGAUCUAGUAAAAAUCAGUCAGAAUUUGCUCACAUCUUACAACAGAGAAGAUCAAACAGCUUCCAAUAAUGACGUCGGAAAUGCAAACGUUCGCGUUUCGGACGAACAGAUCCGCAAAAUUGCAAAGGAAGUUUUGCAAAUAUACGAUGCGGACAAAACUGGUCAAGUAGAUUACGCUUUGGAAUCGGCAGGAGGUCAAAUCGUUAGCACACGAUGCACUCAGCGAUACGACAUAAAAUCGAGAGCCUUCACCUUGUUCGGUUUCACGUUGUAUUACGAAAGCAAUAAUCCGCGGACGGUAAUUCAGCGGAAUCCGAUACAACCUGGUGUUUGCUGGGCUUUCCAAGAUUUUCCCGGGUAUCUCCUGGUACAAUUGCGAAGCGCCAUUUAUGUAACCGGUUUUACUGUGGAGCAUGUUUCUAAAUUGAUCUUGUCGAGUGAAAAUAUGUCAAGCGCGCCCAGAAAGUUUAAUGUCUGGGGAUUAACAAAUGAGAAUGAUCCUGAGCCUGUAAUGUUUGGUGACUAUGAAUUUACGUAUUCUGAUGAUAACUUACAAUAUUUUCCAGUUCAGAACGCAGCAAUCAAUCGACCAUAUGAAUAUGUAGAAUUAAGGAUACACAGCAAUCAUGGGCAGCUGGACUACACAUGUUUAUACAGGUUUCGUGUUCACGGAAGACCAGCUUAAAAAUUAAUCGAAUCAAAGAUUCCUCCUCACACAAAACGUUCAUAAGAUUGUUUAAAGCAAUAGUGAGAACAAACCACAACUCUUUUUUGACAUGUGCCUUUAACUACCAUUAUUAAUAAACGCAACAAUUGGCGUGAUUUAUCAUAGCACCUGUAACUAUAUUGUGAAUAGAUGGACUAUUUAAUGUU